AUGGAACGCCAGAUCUUCGGCUUCACCAGGAUAGCGGCCUCCACGUGGGGAUGUAGCGCGGCACGAGCCCAGGAGGUAUAUACCAAAGUGGUACGAAGCGCCAUCGCCUUUGGCGCGACGGCGUGGCAUACGCCAUCGGAGGGCAACCAGGCCCAAGGGCUAGUAAAGAAGAUGCUCACCACGCAAGCGGCGUGUUUAAGGGUGAUGGCAGGGGCCUUUAAAGCCACGCCGCGACAUUUGCCGGAGACAGAGACCGGUUGUCCCCCGCUGGACGCAUACCUAGAUAUGAGGGUGGCGGCGUUUAAAGGUCGAAUGUACGGAGAGGCUGGUAGACACGUUACUGCCGAAACAAGAAAGGUGGAAGGAAGAGAGGGCGAGAGACGCAAGGUUGGCGGUAAUGGAAGCCGCAAGGAGACCCGCGCAAGCCGGCAGGCGGGGGAGAGGUCGGCCUCGGCGGUCGCCCAACGCAAUAGCGUCCCCACAGAAGGAUAA